UUGCCGGAUGCCAAAUCUAAAAAUUAGGAAACAAUUUCUCAAUUUUUCAUUUCUACGAAACAAUUUCAUUUGAGAGAUCAGGCGAAAUCCUAAGGACAAUUGAUUUGAAAAUUCGACAUGGAUCUUAACCCACCUGCAGGGGAGGACUAUGCACACCCACAGAUAUGUUUUUUCCAUGUGCUCUUCAAGGCAGCAGCAUUAGCGUUUUAUAUUCUGUCAGCUUUAUUUGUUGAUAGUUUUGUUAUCAUCUUUGUGAUAACUGUUCUUUUAGCUGCUCUUGACUUUUGGGUGGUUAAGAACGUCAGUGGACGUAUUCUUGUGGGUUUAAGGUGGUGGAAUGAAAUAGAUGACAAUGGCGAGAGUGUGUGGAGAUUUGAGUGCCUUGAUCAAGAGUCAAUGGCUCGCAUGAACAAGAAGGAUUCCUGGCUGUUUUGGUGGACUUUGUACCUAACAGCUGUUGCUUGGUUCUUUCUCGCAAUAUUCUCCCUCAUUAGGUUCCAAGCUGAUUAUCUUCUCGUUGUUGGAGUUUGCUUGACUCUCGGUGUCGCAAAUAUUGUUGGUUUCACUAGAUGCCGUAAAGAUGCUAAGAAGCAGCUUCAAGCAUUUGCAACCCAGACUCUCACUUCUCGGUUCUCCUCUACUCUACAGUCGGCAUUUAGUGUUGUUUGAUCAGUUAAUACAGAACCAGCUAGUUGUGGGAGGAAACUGGUCGUCAGUGUCCACCUCUACGAACAAUCAUGUAUUGAUUAUAUAAUGGUGGUUUGUAUACGCUGUGAAAUUAUGAUGGCACAUAUUGGAGGGAUGCUUAGGAGAUUUUGACAUGGUGUUAAUUUGGACUUCUCCUUUAUUGAGGUCUUGUACAUG